AUGAGUCACUCAGUGAGUGUUGGGGUUUCCGUCAGAAAACAUAAUCAACAACGAUGGAUAACUGAAAAUGUGGAGAGUUCCAGAGAUAGCAGAUCGAUUCAGCCCGUGCAAAGUCUCUGUGUGUUCGAGCGUUCUCUUGACAUCUCCGUAACCGUACUGCCAAUCUUGAACAGUAUAAAAGAGAAGAUGACGAAGAAUGAAACGGUGAUGUUAGCUGGAGGCUCCUCUAUAUCGGGAGUAUUCGUAAGCUGCUACAGCUCGCUCGAAAGUUGCCUCCAAUCAUGCUACAUGAGCUGUUAUAUUGCGGAUUUUUGUAACGAUAAGCCUGGAGAUGUGGUCGCAUGUGCUCCGGCAUUAACUUCGAUGAUUAUUCUAACACUGAUAUUUGUGAUAAGUCUAUGCGGGUGUUGCUGCAUGAUAUGUUUCUGUUCGCCAUGUUGUUUCUGUGCUGUUUGGUGGCGAAAACGAAGAGCUCGCCGAAAUCGAGGAAGAGCUGAUUUUACCACAUAUCCGUCAGCACCUCCACUACUCUCAAAAGCUUAAAUUUUCAAAAUGAUCUCUCUUCUUUCAUUUCGCAAUGUUGCACAUCUCUAUCUGCUGAUGAUUUUUAAGCAAAAUUUCCAGUCAUCGCUUCCUCAGCUAAAUCUCUGUUUCUUCCAAUAAUGUUAGGUGCUGCUUCGGCAUAGUCACUGUUCCCCAAACACAUUUCUCCAAUGCCUCAGGAAAAAAGCCCUCAAAGUGGCCAUUUCUGCGACGUUAAGCACAGUUUGUACAUUUUUUUCCGUUUUCUUGUUUUUUGUGUGUGUGAUAGUACAAUGGUUAAUGCUUUCUUGCCUCAAUCCGUUGAGUCAAAGCCUUAUUCUAGCUUUUCAUAGAAUUUUUUUAUUGUCCUUCAUCAAUCGCGAUUUUCCUCAGUUUUCAUUCGAGAUUUCUAUGGGUGCCGAUGUGAACCAUAUUGUUUAUUUUUGUUUAUUCAAAAUGAACUUUUGAAUCUCUAUGAAUUUCUCC